AAAUCUUUCCAUUUGUUUCAAAAUUGUUAGCCGAGAUGAAAACCAUAUCGUUCCAUUCUCCUGAGGUCACCGAGCCGAGCAAUCCCUCUAAGCUGUGCUAUCGAAACUACCAUAAAGGGUGUCUCGAUGAAGAGCACAAACGGCGCGCAGAUAAUUUUGAGAUGGAUCUAGAAGACAUAGCCGAGAGCUUGCAGAAGGUGAUGCGCGUUUGCGGUUUAAAGGCGUGGCAGGUGAAACAGACGCGUCCGGCCAUCAAACGCUCCUUUACCCACUAUGACGAGAUACGCCUGCGCAUCGACCGUGUGCCACGCAAGCGUUUCUGUAAGGAGGAUUUCCUACAUGAUAUGGCGCAUGAGGCAGACAUGACGCGCAUGGACUCUCAAAUGGCCUAUUCCAUUGUGAAGCGCGCUUUCCGUGCCUAUUACUACGGUACGGGGACAGAGGGACGGCGCAUCAAAACAAUGGCGAAGCAGGUUCGUCACCGCCAGGAGUGCUUAUGGUUGCAUGCAGCCAAGCGCACGGCUGAAGUGUUCGCCGCUUACACUGGUCUCAUGCAUUCGGAGCAGCAGCAAUACCUGGAGCGCAUCGAAUGUAUCUACAAAGGUCUCUACCAAGCUAUUCAGCGGCGACUUAUAUACGAGGACGAUCUGAUUUGCCCGUGCUGUGGCAAACCAAAAAAAUCUAGUGUACCCUUAUCAAGGAACCCCUCUGCGGCUGAGCUACAAGCAUCGCCAUCGGUGGACUCGGAGCCCAUGGAGGUGCUGUAUGUGAAACAGAGUCUGCUACUGACUGGUGCAGACUCCAGUUUAUCCGUUCGGCUGGAACAUGUGGCCAUGGUGAAGGGCACUUUGUCAACAACCAAUUCAAAGUUUCAAUUGAAGCCCUUGUCGAACACCCCAUCAAAGACGUCGACGAGAUCGCUAUCAAAGACGUUAUCCAAACAGCCUUCGCAUGAGAGGGAGCAGCGACCUAAAUGCACCUGCCCGUCCAUGUUAGGUGAUCGCGAGUUCACAACGGAGGCGCCGGAGAUUACUGCCGAGUGCAGUCAGGGCCCGUACACAUGCCGCUGGCUGCCAUUCGAGGAAGAUUUCACAGAACAUUUUGUGCCCUGCCCGCCAAUGGAUCAAAUUUGUCCACCCUGUGUAGAUGGCGACACUCCUUGUGAUAGUGAGUGCACGUGCACUUGCCAGUAUUGUCAUUGCCGGCCUGCUUAUGAUGUAGGUGGUGAGGAAGAGCAUUACAAUGAAAAGUGGUCUGCUUCAGGAGUGGAGGAUCAUGAUACUGACUUUUGUUUUUUGGCUCCAUUCCGCGAUUCAACUAUUAUAUGUGAUGAUGUAUCAGAGGAGGCUGAAGAGGAGUUCGAAAUGCAAUCUGAUGAGGAAGAACCUUUCAAAUGUGCUUGUGUCUGUGAAUACAAGCAACGCGCAUAUCCACACCUAUUCACCUAUCUUGCAUCCUUCAAGCUUGAGCCCCAAGCAGGGCAAGGCCAGGUACCAACUCAACUUGUAACCAAAGAAAAUCAAGAACCUCAAAAACCUCGGUGUGACAUUUCGCCGGAAACCUAUCGAUGUUGGACGCGGCCUACGCCGACACCAAGUGAAGACAAAAGUAUGGAAAGCUCACCACCUCAUUUGACAGUUCUUGGAGAAAGACGCAGAAUGUCACCCGAGGCACCAACUACCAUCUCUGUCAUGGUCAAGAAUCAGCAUCACCAGGAUACAGCUAUAGCCCAGAAGACUGUCACGCUGUCUAAGACGAGUAAAGUGAAAAGGAAUUCUAUGUCUAAAAUAAAAGUGCCAGUUACUUUGCCCCCGCAUGCUGCAGCACCAGCAUCCACCCCCAAAUCUUUGCCAGCAGCUUCUUCGAAGCCCACACCAGCUCCAACUCCUUCAGCUGCUGAUAAGAUAGCAGCUGCUGCUAAGCCUGCAGAAGUAGCCCCAAAGCAACCUGCAAGUCAGCCGUCACGUAAAGCCGAACCCGCACCAGUAGCUGAGCCAGAGCUCACAAAAGAAGAUAUUUUAGACAUUAUUGGACUAAAGUAAUCCAAGAAAAUUCAAUAAAUGUGAUUCAAUAUGUUUUGGAAAAAGGGAAAAAGAAUUGAUGUAAAGAUACGAUAUAUCCCGACAAACGACAAAAGAAGUGGCCUCCCGCCCAAUCUUUUUUUAUAUACGAGUAUGUUAAGUAUAUAAGUAUAAGUAUAUUAAGUAUCCCAA